AUGGAUGCUACAGAUGACCGAGAAGAGCUUCUAGCUGCUGCAAAUGCUGCCCAUGGUGCCAUAGUUGGUGCGUAUGCUGGUCCUUUUUGGAAGAAAAUAUCACCCAUGCUUACUUUCAUCAGCUCUGAAGAUUUAUCCUUCUUAAAAAACCAGAUAAUAUUUUUGGAAGAGCUUGAGAUGGGCAUGUCUAAUAAGCACGAAGAAGAUAAGUUAACUGCAUCCACUAACUACAAUGGGCCACCAUCAAUGGCACUUCCCCUUCUGCCACUCCCCUACUCUUAUCGUGCAAGAUGUUUUCAGUUGAGCAUUCCUCCCCAGGUUCUACCUCCAUCCAAUUCUUCUUUGUUGCUGGAUCAAGGGGAAGCAAAUGGUGUUGGACCAAGAGAAUCUGUUGACAUUUUGUCUUAUAAUGGCAAGAAUCAUAACAACACAUCUCAAAAGGCACAGGGGCAAGGAAUAUUUGGUGAAAUGGCUCCCUUGACAAGUACACUGCUCUGUGCUUUGAUUGUAGAAGAUGUUGAUGACUUUCCCGAGUCCAAUGGUGUCCAAGGAGAUAUACUUCUGGAGUUCUCCAAUGACUACAUUCCUCGUGCUGCCGCAGUUGAGUUUGAAGCUAUGGGCUAG